GAGCUCCCCUUGUCCGUCCUCCAACCCGCCCCCAUCUCUACGGGAAAGUGCCUACGCUGUCCCGGCUUCCUUCUGUUCCCAGGGUCCUGCCAUGGGGCUGGAGGUUUGCGUCCCCGGGCCCCUGCUCCUGCUGCUCGUCGCCUUGUGUGUCUGUGCCCGAGGCCUUGGCCCAGAGCCUGACCAGCCUUUCCUGCCGCCGCCGGGUUGGGUGUCUAUUGGCCGUGUGGGUCCUACUGAAUCAUUGAGUCUGACUUUCGCUCUGAGACAGCAGAACCUGCAGCAACUUCAGAAGCUGGUGCAGGAUGUAUCCGACCCUGGCUCCCCCCGAUACGGGAAGUACCUGUCUCUGGAAGAUGUAGCUGCAUUGGUCCGACCAUCAACACUCACUCUUAGCACAGUGCAGAAAUGGCUUCUAGCGGCUGGAGUGCAAGAUUGCCAAACAGUGAUCACAGAGGACUUCCUGACCUGCCAGAUGACUGUCCAGCAAGCAGAGCAGCUCCUUCCUGGGGCAGAGUUCCAUCGCUAUGUUGGGAGACUGGGGGGAGGCCGUGUUGUGAGGUCCCCACGUCCAUACAGCCUCCCUGGGGCCCUGGCUGCCCAUGUGGACUUUGUGGGUGGACUCCACCGGUUCCCUAGAGCUUCCUCCUUACAGCAACGACCAGGGCCGAAGCUGGACCUUGAGGAGUCCUUAAGUCUGCACAUGGGGGUGACUCCGGCUGUGAUUCGUGAGAGAUACAACCUGACUGCACAGGAUGUGGGCUCUGGGUCUCCCAACAAUAGCCAGGCUUGUGCCCAGUUCCUGGAGCAGUACUUCCAUGAUGCUGACCUAGAAGAGUUCAUGAAACUCUUUGGGAAGAGCUUCCCUCACAAAAACUCCGUCAGUCGAGUAGUUGGGCAACAAGGUCAUGGCCGAGCUGGACUGGAAGCCAGUCUAGAUGUACAGUACCUCAUGAGCGCUGGAGCCAACAUCUCCACCUGGGUCUACAGCAGCCCUGGCCGUCACGAGUCCCAGGAGCCUUUCCUGCAGUGGCUCCUCCUGCUCAGUAACGAGUCUUCGUUGCCAUUGGUGCACACUGUGAGCUAUGGGGAUGAUGAGGAUUCACUCAGUACCGCCUACCUUCACCGGGUCAACUCUGAGCUCAUGAAGGCCGCUGCUCGAGGCCUCACCCUGCUCUUUGCUUCCGGGGACAGCGGUGCCGGGUGUUUCUCAGGACCAAAGGGCCACUUGUUCCGUCCCAGCUUCCCAGCCUCCAGCCCCUAUGUUACAACAGUGGGUGGGACUUCCUUCCGGAAUCCCUUCAUGGUUACAGAAGAGAUUGUCGACUACAUCAGUGGUGGCGGCUUCAGUAACAUCUUCCCAAGACCUCAGUACCAGGAUGAAGCUGUGUCCCACUUUUUGGGCUCUUCCACUCACCUGCCUCCUUCCAGUUACUACAAUGCAAGUGGCCGGGCCUAUCCUGAUGUAGCUGCACUCUCUGAUGGCUACUGGGUGGUUAGCAAUCAUGUGCCCAUUCCCUGGGUAUCUGGCACUUCGGCAUCAACCCCUGUCUUUGGGGGGCUCUUGUCCUUAGUGAAUGAGCAGCGACUCCUGAAUGGCCGUCCCCCUCUGGGUUUCCUCAACCCUCGACUAUACUCAAUGCAGGGUCGUGGCCUAUUUGAUGUGACUCAAGGCUGCCAUGAGGCUUGCCUGGAUGAAGAGGUGCAGGGUCAGGGGUUCUGUUCCAAGCCCGGUUGGGACCCAGUCACAGGUUGGGGAACUCCCAACUAUCCAGCCCUCUUGAAAGCCCUGCUAGACCCUUGAGACUUGAUCUUACCCUGUUCUUGAAAAAUGCCACCCUCUUUGGCACCCUGAUCCCACCCUGCUGCAGAUACUCUUGAUUCCCUGACUCAUCCUUGCUGUGAGCAAGUUGACUCCUGCAGUAACCAAUUCUACAACUUUCAUGGGUACUGAUCAACAUCACUGUCCCCUCACACAGUAUUUGUAGGGCUUAAUUCUUCCCCCUACUUCUUCCUAUUUCUUCAGUUUCCCUUGCCAGGCCAUUGAAACCAAACCUGCCCCAGGCAAUCAGAGCCAGUAUAGAUAACCUCAACUGUCCAUGAGUAUUCCCCUUCCCACUUUGCUUACUGUUGUCUAUAUUUGCAAAAAAAUAAUAAAGCCUGUGAUCUUUUCUCUA